UGUGUAGGCCUAUAGGUGAUUGUUCUAAGAGAUAGUAAUACUGAAUAUUGUAUUAAAUUUAAAGUUAGAGAACGACUGAAGUGUCAACGAGAACAAAAUUAUUUAACUAUUUAUUAUAAAAACGAAAUCAGACAAGAAAUAUUAUAAAGGAAGGGCUUAAGUUAACCAUGGAAACAGGCUGAACAUUUGAGUAAUCCUAACAAGUUUCUUUAUAAUGGAGGAUCACAGUGUAGAGAGUCUUGCCGAAGUUUUUCGCUGCUUCAUUUGUAUGGAAAAAUUGAGGGAUGCUCAUCUGUGUCCACAUUGUUCUAAGUUGUGCUGUUACAUGUGUAUUCGACGUUGGUUAACUGAACAAAGGUCACAGUGUCCUCACUGCAGAGCAUCUCUUCACAUUCACGAGCUUGUGAAUUGUCGCUGGGUUGAAGACGUUACACAACAACUUGAUACUUUGCAGUUGGUAGGACCAAGUAAACUUGACGUUCCAGAUAAAGAAAAGUGCAAAUCACACAAGGAAAAACUGAGUGUGUUUUGUAAAAAUUGUCGGCAGUGUAUUUGUCACCAGUGUGCUCUGUGGGGUGGAAUGCAUACGGGACAUGUUUUCAAGCCUCUUGAAGAAGUUUACGAGCAGCAUGUGAGCAACAUCAAGGAGGAGGUUGGGCAGCUGAGACGACGUCUCAUGGAACUGAUCAGCUUAGUUCAAGAGGUGGAAAGAAAUGUUGAGAGUGUGCGAGCUGCAAAAGAUGAAAGAGUGCAUGAAAUCAGAAAUGCUGUUGAGCAUAUGAUAUCUCGAUUAGAUUCUCAACUAAAAAGCAAACUUCUUACACUCAUGGGUCAGAAGAAUUCCUUAACUCAGGAAACAGAACAACUGGAGUCAGUUCUCCAAUCUGUGGAACAGCAGUUGCACUCUUCAACCAAGAGUGACUUAAUUACCAAAAGCACAGAACUGUUAGAAACAAUUUCAGAGAUCCAGAGGAAACCCAUGGCUAGUUUUGUAACAGCUCCAGUCCCAGCUGAUUUUCAGAGUGAAAUAGUUCCUUGCUAUGAAAGCAACACCUUUGUGAUGCACAAUUUUAGCAUUCUUCAGCAGAGGGCAGACCCUGUGUAUAGCCCAGCAUUGAACAUUUGUGGCUUAACCUGGAGAUUAAAAGUUUACCCUGAUGGUAAUGGAGUAGUACGGGGACAUUACUUGUCAGUGUUUUUGGAAUUGUCAGCUGGACUUCCUGAAACAUCAAAGUAUGAAUACCGAGUGGAGAUGAUUCAUCUAGCUUCUCGAGAUGCAACCAAAAACAUUGUUCGAGAAUUUGCUUCUGAUUUUGAAGUUGGAGAAUGCUGGGGUUAUAACCGGUUCUUUCGACUAGACCUCUUGGCCACUGAAGGUUAUUUAAACACACAGACAGAUUCUUUGGUUCUAAGAUUUCGAGUUCGACCACCAACAUUUUAUCAGAAGUGUAGAGACCAACAGUGGUUUAUCAACCAGCUACAAGCUACACAGACUCACUUUGCAACCCAGAUUAAUGACCUGAAAGAAAGACUUGCUAUAGAAUUAUCCCGAAACCAAUCAGCUGUAGGAAAAGAAGUGAAUGCAACGACAAAUGGCACAUCUCAGCCAGUACCUGAUCAGCCCAGGCCGUGUACUUCAUCGUUAAUUUCUAAUGUUCUUAACAGUCCUUGUAUUUACUCAUCAGCAUCAAGCCUGGUUUCUUCAGUGGCAUUUACACUAACCCCUAAUUAUUCUGUGGCAGGAAGCGAGUUAUCUCUCUCUCCAGGCACAAGAGCUUCUAUUGGAAGUGGCAAAUACACACCCAAUGACAGAGCUGCAAAACUAUCUCUAGGAGGAAAAUCUAGUGGGAAAAAAACAGUAACUGGAACAUUGAAACAGCAGAGAAAAGGAUUAAGUGAGCAAUCUAGCCCACAAGCUCCAGAAAAACAACAGAUAUCAUGCUUUAGCGAACAAAUCACUUCUCAACAACAGAAUACUGAUUGUCCUGAUGAUGCUAGACCUUGUGUACCAGAGAGAGUAGCCAGUCCAUCCUUCAAGGAUCUUGUGGAUUCCUCUGUAGCUUCAUACAAUUUUGAUUCCACAAGUUCUGAUGAUAGUGAGGUACAAUCUCUUGUGAAAUAUGUGUAA